GAAAUAUAAAAGAUAUAUUACAAUUUUGUUAUGUAAAAAUUUCAUUGAUCAAUGUAGAAUAGAAGAAAUAUUUUCAUUAUGUCUAUAAAGAAAUUCAUUAUUGACUUUAUCUAUGAUUUAUGGAUAAUUUUUUAUAUAGAAAUACCAAUGAAGUCCUUGAUGAGCUUUUAAGUGAAUAUGUAAAUAUUGAAAAAUACUAAGUAUAUAUAUGUGUGUAUAAUAAAAAUUAUUUGACAAAUGUACUCCUUAGCGAACUCGUACGUAGAUAUACUAAUUAAAAAAAAAUGUUUCAAAUUGAAUAUUUAUAAGUUUUUGAAUAGAUGCUUUUUUGUUAUAAUUAUUUUCCCUGUGCAUUAUUUUUGCGAAAAUUUAUCUAUCGUUUAUAUUUUGUUUCGUAACUAAUCAACAUAGAAUUCUAAUUAAUAACAUCAUAAAUUAAUAUUAUUUAAAAAUUUUGCUCUAAUUUUUGGCUAUCGAAUAUCGUAAACAUGUUGACUCGUACAAAUAUACAUUUGCAAUUACAAACUUCAUUAAUGAAGAGGAUUAACACUAUAAUGACAGGCAGUAUGAGAGCAACAGAAAGUUCAGAAGUAAAGAAAGAAGAAUCGGAACGUAUGAAGCAAUUUCAUGAGAAACUUAAAUUACAACCGAUGCCACGUGUACCACCACGUGAACGUUUCGUCGAUUUGGUUUUGGUGGAAACUGAUCCUCAAACUGGAGAAUUAAUCACAGAUAACGAAAAGGAACCAACCAAAUGGGGUGAUUGGCAAAUUGGUGGAAGGACGACACAGGUGUUUGAGUAUUGGAGAGCACCGGUUGAGCUUCAGUAGAUCCAACGGACGGUGGACCACCAGCAUCCAUGCUGUCCUCCCCAACUCCUACUCCUACUCCCACUCCUAAUCCUACUCCCAUGCCUAGUACAUCAGGUUCCAGCUUCGGUAACAAUGGCGAUGCUUCCUAUACCAUUUAUGUUUUGUUACCUUCAUUAUCCGUUACCGAAUGUUAUGUUAUUUGUUAAGUUUUGAAUAUAAUCUUACACAAUAUUACAAACAAUAGAAUACAUUUUAACAUAGGCUUUGCAAUUGUUAUCCUUUUGUAUUAAAAUAUGCAUUAUAUACUGAAUAUUAAAUUUUCAUAUAUUUUUUUUUUUUUUGCCCCCCAGUAAAACAGCUCAAGCCCCAAGAGGCUAUAUAUGUAUUAAAAAUAUAAUAUUUCAAUUUAAGUUUAAUUUCAUUUGCAGUAUAAAUAUUAGUAUCUUAUGCACUCCAUUUAAAGCAAUUUUUUUCAUUCCUACAUGUGUGUGAAUCAGGUUAGAGCGACAUGGAAGCAAGAACUUUUUGGUGGUGUUGUACAUCUAUUACAUAUAUUUAAUAAUAUAAACCCAACAGGUGCUCUGAAUUUGUUCCUUGUAUCUAAAUUAUUGCUCACCCUAUAAGUGCUAUGUGUAAAAACAUAACUGCACAUAAUAAUAAAAGAAAAUAAAUAUGCCGGCAUAAAAUAACAGCAUGCAUAUAAACAGAUUGAUACACCAAGUAUAUUAAAAAUAAUAAUUUUUUCUUUUGUUUUGUAAAUUAUUAAUAAUAGAAUUAUAUUGAAAAUUAAUCUGCUGCAUCAAUCUGUGUGGAAUUAAAUACAUGCAAGUUUUAUGUUGCUUCCCUCAAGAUAGAUAGUACAAUUUUGUAAAUUAGUAAUUACCAUUUCAAACUGAGCUGAACUGGGCGUGACGGACUUGACUUGAUUUUGCGUCUGAGCCACGUCACCCGGAACCUACAACACACGCAUUACAUGCCAAGCAAUAAUUUUAUAGUUAGUUGCGUAUAAGAAGGAAGCUGUACUUUGUUAUUUUUGAUCUAUCUGAUUUAAAGGUGUCAUUAAUAUUUAAGUUAAUAUAUCCUAUAUUGAGGUACACUUACUUUAGCAGGAUUAAUUGGUCUUCGGAAGAAAUAAAUUUCAUCUUCUGUAACGGUA